AUGACCAGUCUGAACAUAGAUAUACUGGUCACUGCUAUCGCUACAAUGGGAGCAAAGGUCAUCGAACUGCUUUUCAUAAGCGGGCUACCGCCUUCGGACUGCGUCCCGGUCAUGGUUUUGUACGGACGAUCAGAGCCUAAAAACGAGAUCAAGUAUUACGCCAAUUGGCUUCUGGCGCUUCGCCUGUACUUACACUCCUUUCUCAUGCACAAACAGGGUAAAGAGGCGGCCAUGUGGGCGGUCGACUUACACGGGCACGAAAUAUUGACCAAAUACCUCAAAGCUGGAGCCGACAGAGACGUGAUUGUCGUUGCAUUUCUGGCAUCCCGGUCUCGAGAUGGUCCUUCUAGCCCAAGCCCGGAGCAACUGUUAUAUCUAGAGCUAGUCGACGCGCUCAAGCUUGCUGGGUUCAUGGAUGAUCCAGAGAAUGCAUCAUUAUUUCAGCCUCGAGGGCCGUGGUACUCCCCUCAUCAAGCGGUUGACUUCGUGGGCAGGUGGAUAUCGCCGUGGCGCCGAUGCUCGACAUUCAGGGAUACCUACAGGUUGGCAACCAGCGAUGAGCUCAAAGACCCUCUCCUUCGCGUGUGGGGAGUUGUCUCCAGAUAUCAGUCGUUUCUUGGCAGUUUCAAGGUCGAGGUGUACUGA